AACCUGCUGAAAAUAAAAAAACAAAAUCUAAAAAUCCCCAAAGUCGACGGGUGAGAACUUGUCCAAUCGCACCUCUAUUGGUAUUUGAGAUCUCUCUCCAUCUCAUUCGGAGCUCAAUAUAUCAAAUUCAUCAGCUUAAAAAUGGCGGCCGUCGCCGUUCACCAGUUCGCUCAGUGCAUCACUUGCCAUGCUUGGAGUCCCGAUCACUCCAUGGUAGCAUUAUGCCCAAAUAAUAAUGAGGUUCACAUUUAUAGAUUGGUGAAUGACAAGUGGGAGAAAGUUCAUGUUCUUCAGAAGCAUGAUCAAAUUGUUUCUGGGAUAGACUGGAGUGGAAAGUCAAACAGAAUUGUUUCUGUAUCUCAUGAUCGGAAUUCAUAUGUUUGGAACCGAGAAGGACCAGAGUGGGUACCAACUCUUGUUAUUCUUAGGCUCAAUCGUGCUGCACUUUGUGUUCAGUGGAGCCCCAAAGAAAACAAGUUUGCUGUUGGAAGUGGUGCUAAAACUGUGUGCGUAUGCUAUUAUGAGCAAGAGAAUAACUGGUGGGUAAGCAAAGUUAUCAGGAAAAAACAUGAUUCUUCUGUCACAAGUGUUGCUUGGCAUCCUAAUAAUAUUCUACUUGCUACAACAUCCACAGAUGGAAAAUGCCGAGUAUUUUCUACAUUUAUCAAAGGUGUUGAUACAAGGGAAUCAAAAACAGGCUCUUCUUCAGAUCCAAAGUUUGGAGAGCAAAUAGUUCAGCUUGAUCUGUCAUCUUCAUGGACAUUUGGGGUGAAGUGGUCACCAAGUGGGAAUACUUUGGCUUAUGUAGGUCAUAAUUCUAUGAUUUACUUCGUUGAUGAUAUUGGUCCUUCCCCUUUGGCCCAGAAUGUUGCAUUCCGGAAUUUGCCUCUUCGUGAUGUCCAAUUUGUUUCAGAGAAAAUGGUCAUAGGCGUGGGAUUUGACUGCAACCCAAUGAUUUUUGCAGCAGAUAAAUCAGGAUUAUGGAGCUUUAUCAGAUUCUUAGGUGAAAGGAAAGAAUCUUUGUCAGGUCCAAAAUCUGGUUCUCAGUUUUCUGAAGCAUUUGGCAAAUUAUAUGGUCAAGCAAAGCAUGGAUUGAGCAAUGAUACGGUUGAACCUUCAAAAAUACAGGGAGCUGUUCAUGACAACUGCAUCAAUUGUAUUGCACUUCUAAAUAAAAAAGGUUCCGAGACAAAGCGCUUCAGCACCUCAGGAAUGGAUGGGAAAGUGGUAAUAUGGGAUCUGGGAAACCAGCAAGAUCUUAAGGAGUAUCUCUAAGAACUGAUUCGUGAAAAGCUUUUUGCUUUUCAGUUUUUUAGUUCAGGUAACAGAGUAAUAGUGAAGCAUGGCAUGUGAUAUAUAUAUAUAUAUAUAUAUAUUAAUGGAUCUCAUCAGUCUGAAAUCAACGGAAGCUUAAAUACAUUAUUACAUUUCUUAUUAUUUUUUUAUUUUUGAUCUAGAGUCUAUUUUUUUGUAUGAACUGAGAAUGAAAUUUGUGAAUAUAAAGUAAGUAAAUUUGACUCUUGAUUAACAAAA